GUUCAUUUUGCCCCAGGGAGGAAAUGCCAAAAUCUCUUUCAGGUUAUGUCAAAUUGUCAACCAACCUCUUGGUUGGCCUACUUGUUUUUUGUUUUGUAUUUAUUUUUAACACAUUUGAAAUUUUAAAUUAAAUGGAAGGCGUAGAGGUUCGAGAGUAUUUCCGAAAAAUCGUGAGAGAAGAAGCAGAUGUUUCUGCAGGAGUUGCUGCUAUUAGAACCCUUAUGGAAGUCAUUAGACAAUCUGAAUCUGAGACUGUCCAAGAACUAGAAGCCAAUCUGAAAGAUGCCAUCUACAACAUGAAAAAUGCCAAUUUCCCUGUGGCAGUGAUAACUUCUGGAUGUGAAUUGUUUCUGAGAUUCAUAACUCUAGUAGGUCUAGAUGGAGGAAGCUUUACCGAAUGCAAAAAAAUCAUGUUGGAACGUGGAAAUCUGUUUCUAAGAAAACUAGAUGAAGCCAGAGGGAAAAUUGUAAAGUUUGCUUCAAAAUUUAUUUUAGAUGGAUCAAAAGUCCUAACUCAUUCAAGAUCCAGAGUAGUACUGCAAACAUUACACCAGGCCCAUAAACAAGGCAAAAGAUUUGAAGUUUUUACCACAGUGUCUGCUCCAGACUAUAGCGGAAAACAUUUGCACAAAGAAUUACUAGCCAUAGGAAUACCGUGCACCCUUAUUUUGGAUUCUGCUAUAGGUUACGUAAUGGAACAAAUUGAUUUUAUUAUGGUUGGAGCUGAAGGUGUUAUGGAAAGUGGUGGGAUUGUCAAUAAGGUUGGAAGCUACACAACGGCAGUUUGUGCAAAAGAAAUGAAAAAGCCAUUUUAUGUUUUAACAGAAAGUUUUAAGUUUUCUAGGCUGUUUCCUUUGAAUCUGCAAGAUUUGCCAGCUGAAUAUAAGUAUACUUCUGAUGUUAGGAAAAAUGAAAAUAUCAGAGAGGCUCAUCCCUUAGUAGACUAUACCCCUCCAUCUUAUAUUACUUUACUUUUUACAGAUAUAGGAAUUUUAACUCCGUCAGCAGUCAGUGACGAAUUAAUAAAACUUUAUUUAUAAAUAUGUUUUUUUUUUCAUGAACUUUAUUAUAAUCAACUUAUGUAUGGCAUAAAAUAUUUACCAAAUCACAGCAACUGGACAAAACAUUCAUUCAAGACACAUGCGAGAUAAAAUAUUUCGUAGUAAAAAAAUAUUAAAAUUAAAUGCAAAGAAAAACCAGUUGAAGAUAUAAAAAUAAGGACAAAAAAAUAUAUAAUAAAAUGAUGUGUUAAUGAUUAAUAAAUAAAUAACACUCCUUUUUUAGUGAUGGCUUCAAAUAAUCACAAACCCUUUACAGUUUGGGUUAACAUGCCACCAAACCUAUUAUGAAUCAUAUAAUAUAUUUUUAAAUAAUCAAUUUUUUUGUCUCAAGAUGGAUUAUACGAGCUGCUCUUUCACUUUAAAUCUAAAAAGUAAGUAUACAAAACACACAAUAACAAAUAAUAUGGACAAACUAAAUCACAGAUUGUAGAGAUAUUACUGAUGUUCCUUUUCAAGCUUAACAGAACGUGGCACGGUAUGCAUUACAAAGCGUCUCAACUACUGAAUAAACUUGCUCAAAAUUGGGUCGAUUUUCAGGCUUAUAUUCCCAACAUCUCAGCAUUAGACGGUACAUUUCAUCUGGUGUGUUUUCCGAUGCUGGCAUCCUAUAACCGCUGUCAAUUUUCUCGCGUGCUUUUGUAUUGUUCAUGCCCUCAUAUGGAGUGCCACCUCUAGAGAAAAUUUCCCAGCAAAGAAUACCGUAACUCCAAACGUCGCAUAAUGAAGUGUAUUUGCCAAAAUUGAGGGCUUCAGGAGCUGUCCACUUUAUUGGAAUUUGUUUCAUGCCAUCGGACACUAUAUAUUCUUCUUCUUCUCUAGACAUUCCAAAAUCUGAU